AUGCCGCACAGAUUUCCCUGCUUGGAGCCUGGCGCUUUGCCCGCCGUGAGGCCGUCGUGGUCUACGUCCCCUCAAUCCCUCACCAUUGAAGUCUGCAUCGAUUCCGUGGAAUCUGCCAUCGCGUGGGUUACUCUUGCUGCGACCAAUCAUCCUCUUCUUUCAUCCGCUUUGUCGAUCAGAGCACACCUCGGACGAGCCGAUCGCCUCGAGCUCUGUGGCAAUCUCGGGGUAGGCGGGGGCACCACGCCCAGCAUCGGCCUCUUCAAGCAAGUGCGCGCAGCAAUCCCCGGCACUCCCAUCAUGGUGAUGGUUCGACCUCGGACGGGCGACUUCUUCUACUCGGAAGCUGAGCUUGAAGUCAUGAAAGAAGACAUUCGGGCAUUCAGAGACGCCGGCGCGGAUGGCGUCGUGUUCGGUAUCCUCAACAAGGACGGUCGGAUCGAUGUGGACCACACACAAUCGCUUGCACAGGAGGCAGGAGACAUGCAAAUUUGCUUUCAUAGGGCAUUCGACAUGAGCAGCCAGGACGUCCUCACAGCCCACCUGGACAUCUCGAAGAUACCGCAAGUAACGCGCAUCUUGACGAGCGGACAAGCUCCCACAGCUCCGUCGCCAGCUGCGCUCCCCAAGCUGCGAACUUUGAUACGCACAGCCUCUCACAUGCCAGCCUCAGCCACAAUCCUGGUCGGCUCGGGUGUGAAUGCACAGACGAUUGGUCCCCUCCUGAAGGAACUGCUUCCGUGCGGGCUGAGAGAGGUGCACCUGAGCGGGGGAAGCUGGGUCGCAAGCGAGAUGGAGUUCCGAAGGCCCCAGAUGGGUAUGGGAGUCGGCGGAGAUGGAGAGUGGGGGAUAUGGCGGACGAGCGAGGAACGCGUGAGGGAGGUCAGAAGCAUAGUGGACGCAGCAUGGGAACAGUUCGUGGAAAAUACGAAGGUUGAGACAAAUUGAGAUAACGCGAAGGCGCAUAUAUGGACGUCGAUCUGUUCGCUACUACAAAAAGUCCGUAGUCCGAAGAGUUCAACUAUGGUACAGUAACCAAUCCUCCUUCCUGUCAUAUACGUAGCAUGAAGGGUAUACACGAGAAAGGACAACUCGUCAUAAGAGACAAACACCAUCUCAACGCGAACCAGAAGAUGUUACAGGGAACUUAGCCGCUGCACGGCGCAUGCUACAGCAAGACGAACGCUCACCGCGCAAGCCCCUCGUAGUACCUCACGAUCCCCUUGAUCCCCGGGCACACCGCCAGCCGCACCCGCUCGUUCUCCCUGAACAUGACAGCGCGCCCGGUACCCUCCAACCACUUCAUCAGCCCGCCGUCCUUCGCCAUCUCGCUCCUGUCCUUGACGAAGUGCGCGAGCCGAUCGCGCUGAAGUGCCCAGCGCAGGCGUCGUACGGCGGAGACGAGCGGCGCGGCGACGUGCGUCGAGGACGUGUCGCGCGGGAGGACCCGCGUGUGGUAAAACGCUUCGCGCACUGCGGGCGACGAGCGCGUGUGCAGCGAGCGCGCGAGGAUGGUGCGCGCGUGCGUCCAUUGGAGGCGAGUCGCGCUCUCGUACUGACGCACCAUAAUUGGGGAACCGAAAUAUAACCCGUCCCUCCAGCGUCUCUCGAUACCCAGACCGCGCAGGAUGUUCCUGUGUACAAGCUCGGGAAUUGACGGCCUCAGUGGCAGCCCUUGAGCAUUAGUGCCAAAGAGGGAAUGAGAGACGCGAGAUGGACCGAUGACCCAAACGCGUUCGUGGUGGAGAAGGGGGUCGUCAACUAGAGGGGCGAGCUCUGGAAAGACUUGUGCCAGAGACGCAAGCUCCGGGAGGUCGAGAAACGACAGUAUAUACAAUAGUAGCUCAGGAGGUAGGUCGAGAAGCAUAUCAACAAGUGUACGGCAGCUCGAGUGGAAUAGAGAUGGGCCUAGGAGCAGGUGUCGGGCGGACGACCAAGAGGUGCGCGAUAUAAAGCAGUGAUAGGUAUAGCAAGCUCAGAGCGUCGUCCACUAAGAAGGGCA